GAGACACAGCAAUGCGGAGUACAUGUAAGGCCUUACUGCUUAAACCUGAACCGCAACAAACGCACCGACUGACCUGACACCUGUUGAGGAAGUGACAUCAUCGAUGGAUGAUGUCCAUAUGGGGACGUUCAUCCUGUGGUCGGUGCUGUUGUGGACAUUCAAGGGCCUGCUGUACACAUGGAGGUUCUUUUGGGUGAGCCCCUUCCAUGCAAUACAAGCAUCCCCAUCACCAAGUGGAGCAGGUCAUGGUGAGGGCUGUCCCAGGGGGGCCUCCAGACUGAAGCUGAAGGUGCCACUCCAGCAGAGGGUGGCUGCCGCUGAGGAGGACAUCCAGGCGCUCAAGAACCAGCUCCACAGCCAGAGGGAGGCAUGGGACAGGAAAUUCCACAAACUGCACAAGAAGCAGCAGGAGCUUCGCAACCAGUUGGCCUCGGAGGCUUGGGUGAGAAGCGGGUCCUACAUCAAGCAGGAUGAGAUGCAGAUCCCAAGGGAGCUGCUGUUUGAAGCCAUGCUGGAGAAUGGACCCAUGGGCCCAUUUGACGAACAGGACCAGGACACCAGGUUCCCAAGGGGUCUGAGGAGGGCGGAGGUGAUGGCCAUCACAGCUGACCAGAUGUCUUCGUCAUCAGUAUGCGACUCCAGACCACCUUCGGCUCUGUCUCUAAACACAACAACCAGUGUAGGGUCCUGGAGGAGUGAUGGGAUCCCAUUGCGAGUUUUCGUGCCCCACUCCCCCAUGGACCUAAGAGUUGGCCAUCGAGUGCGGAUUCUGCUCCCGACAGGCCGGAUCAGCACGGGCACGCUGCAGUUCCUGGGUCCCGUGGAUGGUUCGACCCAGUUCUACCUCGGGGUGGAGCUGGAGCAGGCCCUCAAUGGCAACCAGGACGGAUCACUCCAGGGGCAGACCUAUUUUGAAUGCAUGCCAGGACACGGUGCUUUUGUGCCCUUUCAGAAGCUGCUGAUGGCCUGGGAGUGAAGACAAAGGGAGAGAGAGAGAGAGAGAGA